AUGGUGGCCAAACAGCGGAUCCGGAUGGCCAACGAGAAGCACAGCAAAAACAUCACCCAGAGGGGGAACGUAGCCAAAACCCUGAGGCCACAAGAAGAGAAGUAUCCUGUGGGACCAUGGCUGUUGGCACUGUUCGUUUUUGUUGUCUGCGGCUCAGCUAUCUUCCAGAUCAUUCAGAGCAUCAGAAUGGGCAUGUGA